AUGAAUAAUCAACAACAACAACAGAUGCAACAGGAGGAUAUAGAUCAAUCAUUUAAAGAGCAAUACAAGAGGGAUCUGCUCAAUCAAUUGCUCAACAAUGCUCGUGGCACAACAUCAUCAUCACCAUCAUCGAGUGGCCUUCAACCAGUGAACUCAACUCCAUCAACAACAUGUACCAUGACAGCUACAGAGACCAUUGAUUAUAUGAAUCGCAUGAAGACACUUGGCAACCAAUACUUCUCCAAGUCAUUAUACUCAUUCGCCUAUUCAUACUAUUGCUUGGCACUGAAACAAAGUGAUGUCUACCUCGCUGGGGCACCGGCAACAGCAAUGACAGAGAUUGAAGAGAUCAAGAAGUUGGCAUCAGUGAUUGCAUGCAAUCUAUCAUUGUCAUUGAGCAAGGAGCAUCGUAUACCAGAGUCAUUGACAUAUGCCAACAAGUCAGUUGAGUAUGAUGGAACGAAUGGAAAGGGUCACUACAGGGUGGCCUAUGCUCAACAGUUGAUGGGACAUGACACAGACGCCUUUGCCACAUUGACCAAUGCACUUGCCUAUGCCAAUGACAUCAACAAGCUAGAAGGAUCAUUGAAGAAGGAGCUCAAGGCUGUUGAACAAAGGAGGCGAAAGAACGAGGACAACAGACGACAUACACUGGCACGCAUCAAGAAUGACAAACAAUUCGAUCAGUUCCCAGUGGCCCUGGUAUGGGACGAGCAACUUGGUCGCAAGAUGAUUGCCAAGCGAGAUAUUGCCAAAGGCGAGCUUGUGGUCCGUGUGGCACCCUUUGGCUCAGCACUCAUUGAUGAGACCAUGUCUACUCAUUGCUCGUCAUGCUUCAGAUAUGUCCAAUACUGCAAGUACACAAGUUGUCCAAAGUGUAAGAUGUGUAUAUUGUGCGACCAAUGUGAUUCGGACAGUGUGAUCACUGAUGAGCACAGGGAGGAGUGUGAUGUGCUCCAAUAUCUGAAGGAUCAUGGUGCUGAGCAUGGACAGACAAGGGACUUUAGGAUGAUGACAAGGGUCCUGAUUAGAGCUGUGGCGGACUUGAACAAGAAGGUUGGCAAGGAUACUGGAUUGCCAAAGUUGUGGCGAUCAGAACCAUUCAUUUAUGAUAGCUUUGAUGAUUUGAUGCAUCUGGCCACAGACGAGUCGGCAAUUGACGAGGAGCAGAUGCAGGCGUUCAAAGUGUCGGCCGAAUCAAUCAUCACACUCAUUCAAUAUCUCAAGGGUCCUCACUACCUCUUGCCACUGACCAAACAACAGAUCAUGGACAUCUAUCCCAAGAUCCUAUUCAAUGCACACGAGUACAUUGAGCCACUCAAUCACAAAGAGGUGGCCAGAGGCAUCUAUCCCACAGCGGCCUACCUCAAUCAUUCAUGCGAUCCAAACUGCAUCUGGUACAAUGAUAACAAUGGUAUGAUGGCAUUCAGGAGCAAUCGAUUGAUCAAGGCAGGCGAGGAAGCAACGACCACGUAUAUUGAUAUUGCCAGACCCUCGAUUGAGAGAAGGGUGAGCCUGAUGAAGCAUUAUUCAUUCUAUUGUCAGUGCUCGAGAUGUGAUAGUCAUCAACUGGCAUGGCGUUGUGAUGUCGUUGGUUGUGGACAACCAUUGGACAACAGUUGUUUAAGAAUCUGGGAGCCGCAGCCCAAGAACAACUUUGAUGGACUGGUAUAUGAGUGUGCAAAUGGACAUACUAGGAUGGCAACAAUCUAUAACAUAUUGGAACAAUGUGCGACUAUACCAUCGAUAGCCAUACAAGAGCGAUUGAUCAAUAUGUACAAGAGUCAUCUGAUGGAUCACAACACAUUAUAUCUACGUAUUUGGAAGAACUUGGCGGAGCUGUACUUUGACGAAGGCAAUUAUCAACAGACUGUGGAUUGCAUUGAGACACUUUGGAAACAAAAUGAUGCCAUACCCUAUGUUGCCGAUUGCAUGGCAUUAAUGUCAAUGGCACUGAUCAACCUAAAUGCGCCUGCCAACAAACUAUCCAUCGUCAAAGAGAAGUGUCGAGAGAUCCUCCAACACCAAGUGGGUCCUGGUCAUCACAUCAUGAACGAAUUUGAAGAGCUAUAUCGAGUAUCAUCAUCAACGACCAAGCAUUGA